AUGGACGCGGCCAAGGUCUCGAGGUCGAGCGCGACGCUGCGAUCCACGUGCACAGCUAGUAGCACCGUCAAGGUGUUUGCUCUGAUUCUCGUCGUGACAGCCCUGGCGUUUGGUGUGCGCUCCGUCGUCAUGGCCCACACCCACGUCAUCACCGCGCUCACCGACUGGGUCGAAAGCCACCGCGACAUCGGCGGCUUUGUCUGCGUCCUCGCACUCUGGAUCUCGGUGCUCGCGGGCGUACCCUGCACGCUCCUCGAGACCUUUUCCGGCGUGUACUUUGGCUUUGGCUUCGCAAUCCUCAUCAACACGGCGGGCACGGUCCUCGGAUCAGCGCUUGCGUUUGGCGUCGCGCGAGCAUGCGGCGAGCGCCUCGGCGCCCACCUCAUGGCCAAGUACCCACUCGUCCUUGCGCUGCACCACCUUUUCGAGUCCCGUGAGACCAACUACCGCCUUUUGUUCUGCAUCCAGCUCGCGUACGUGCCGGUGACGCUCAAGUGCUACAGCCUCAGCGUCCUCGGUGUCCCUUUUGGACCCUUCCUGCUCUCCAAUUUCGUGUGCGGUCUCCCGCUGGGUGUGUUCUGGGCCUACGUCGGCAGUGUCUCUGGCAACAUCAAAGACCCUUGUCGGUAG